CGACCCAAGUGCCACUUCCGUCGUGUUGUUUGUGCGACACUACUGCACACCCCCCUGCCCCGAAUAUCCUCGCCCACGGUCUGCAUCCUGCGACCGGCGUUGGGCUCCUCUCUGACGUGGGUGCAGCCAGCGAAACCGAUCUACCAUAGCCUUGACAGCUCAUCGCUCGCUGUCUAGACGGGAAAAUCUCGUCCUCCAACGCGCCUUUGAUCGUCUAGCGCCAGGGCGCUGCCGGCAGAUAUAUAAUGUCACAAACCCAAUCUCCCUCGGCCGACGUCGAGCAGGACCGGGCGCCUGCCGAUGAUGAACCACAACAGGAUCUCACCGGUGACAACAACGACAUGAGUCACGAAGAUUUACUACAAGAUUUCGAUUUCGAGGUCAAGGAGCAAGACCGCUGGCUCCCUAUUGCCAAUGUCGCCAGGAUUAUGAAGGGAGCACUUCCCGAGAAUGCAAAGAUUGCCAAAGAAGCCAAAGAAUGCAUGCAAGAAUGUGUAAGCGAGUUCAUCUCGUUCAUUACCAGCGAAGCUUCGGAGAAAUGUCAACAAGAGAAGCGCAAGACCGUUAAUGGCGAGGACAUUCUCUUCGCAAUGACAUCGCUCGGCUUCGAAAACUAUGGUGAAGCGCUCAAGAUUUAUCUAGCACGAUACCGAGAGAACCUCUCCGUCCGCAGUGAUCAGCCACAAAAGCCCGCCACAGCCACAGGGACGACUGCUGGUUCCAAUUCUACCACUUCACCGUACAACGAUACUCCGAGCCAUGGCGGACUUGCCAACCCUGUAGACCAGCCUACAGAUGGAGCCACCGACUUCGCAUACGUCGUCGGUGGAAACAACAAUGCUGACUUUUAGGUCUCGCACCAUGCAAUAACCUCCAAUCUAUCGUGCUUCAGCUCGACGAG